CUUAAACGUGCAGAAUUUAAUAUAUAACAUAAACUAAACAAUUGGAGAUACCAAUAUCAUAAAGUCACCCCAAGACAGAGGGGCAACAUGAACCCCACUGGGACCUUACCCCAGAGAAAGAGUCAGGUGGACCCUGACUUAGAAAGAGGGUCAAGUAAACCCUGACUUGGAUAAGAGAGUAAGAAAGUUGAGUUGUUUUGAGGUUUUGUUUGGAAAGAAGCGAAGGUAAUUUUUUUUUUUAAGAGAUAUUUUUUUGGUAAGAGGCCAGGAAAGUUUACUUGUGGUCCAGAUUUGUGUUGCCCGUCAUUAAAUUUUAGUUCGGGUAGGGGCACCUUAUCCAUUUAGGUUGAGGCCUGGAAAAUAUGGGAGGGUGCGUGAGCAAGAAGAUGAGUACUAAGAGAGAUAAAAGAGCCAAGAAUAUUCCUCCCAAUAGUCCCUUAGAAAAAUUAUUGGACAAAUGGGACGAUUGGGAAGUAACAAAAGAGCUAGAUAAAAUAAAGAUGAUCCACUUUUGUGUGGAGGUGUGGCCUAACUUGAACCUACCAGAACGGUGGCCAUGGGUCGGGACACAGGACCUGUGGAUGUGCAGGCAAUUGAAUGAACAUCUGAAGGCACAGGACGGGUCUGACCUGGAGGAGAUACGGUAUGCUGCAUGUUGGUUGGAGAAUGUAGUAAGAGAUAGAGAGAUGAAAAUCUGUACGUUACAGCAUAAGGGAGAGAGGAGUAGAGAGAAAGAGGAAAAUGGGAAAAAGUGGGACCCCCUUGACUACUUGCCCCCUCCAGAUUUUCCUGCUGUUUCCCAAAGUGCACCUCUGGCUCCCUCUCAGGUUCACGUGACCCCUCCUACAGCUACCCUUCCUCUACCACCUCCACCCUUCCCAAUGACUACCGUUCCUAUAACUCCUUCCCCAGUCGUCAUUCCCUUAUCUCCUCCUAAUUGGGAUCUGAGCAAGCCAGCAUCGCCAUUGUCACUGUCACCUCUACAAACUUCCGGUGAUCCCCCACCUACUGUCCUCCCACAGUCUGAUACUACUACUAGCCCUCAACAGGGAUUUACAUCCCAAGCAGAUGGUCCUAAGGCAGAUGACGGACCGUAUUGUAAUACUCGGUCCAAGACUUUCAAGGCAGAAAGGCUGUUCCCUCUUAGGGAGGUUCCUAUGGGAGGGGCAGCUGGUGGCAUUGGGUUUGUGAACGUUCCUUUAACUGCUUCAGAGGUCAGAAGUUUCAAGAAGGAAAUAGGGAAUUUGGUAGAGGACCCAGUGGGAAUAGCUAAUCAAGUGGACCAGUUUCUGGUACCCAACACAUAUACGUGGGGAGAACUUAAUUCAAUCUUCAACAUACCAUUCUCCCCAGAAGAGGUCCGGCUAAUAAGAAUGACGGGAAUAUGGAUUUGGGAACGAGAAAAUAUACCAGGACCCCCGGGAGAUCAAAAAAUACCCAUAGCAGAUCCCAACUGGAACCCCAAUGAGGAGGAAGGGAGGAGAAAUAUAAGAGAAUAUAGGUCCUUGAUGGUGAGGGGCAUAAAAGAGUCAGUCCCCAGGGGAAGUAAUACUAAAUUGGCAUUCGAUGGUUCGCAGGAGAAGGAUGAAACUCUGGCAGCCUGGCUAAACUGGUUAAAACGGAACUUUCAGCUGCAUUCAAAUAUUGACCCAGAUGGCCCGGAAGGCCAGAUGCUCUUAAAGGUGCAAUUUGUGACAAGGUCUUGUCCGGAUAUUAGGAGAAAAUUAGAAAAGAUGGAGGGCUGGCAGGAAAAAGAUAUUAAUGAGCUCCUGAGGGAGUCUCCCAGAGUGUAUCUAUGGACAGAAGAAGAAAAAACUAGAACGAAAGCUAAGAUAAUGGUGGCAGUUGCCAGAGAAAGUGCAGGGUCGGAAAAAGGGGCUCUGGCAGCACCCAGUCGAGAGAGACCGGGGCCAGCAAAACCUUGGAAGUGGUAUCCGGAAAGAACGGGGAAACCAUGGGUCAGACGCUGCUUUUAUUGUAAUGAGGUUGGGCAUUUUCAAAAGGACUGUAAAAAGUUACAGUUUGACGAAGCCAUUGCCCGAGAACAAGAUCUUUUAAAAAAAGUUUUAAAAGGGGAUGAUUAGGGGUGUCGAGGGCUUUAUAUAGUAGAGGACCCCAUGAAACAUCUGACAGAGCCCUUGGCAAACUUUGAAGUGGGUCCAUUGAGAGAGGACAUGGAAUUUUUAAUAGACACUGGGGCUGAAAGAUCUAGUAUAAACAAGUUGCCAUCAGGAGUCAUCCUAGGUGAGAAGACCUGUGAGGUGAUAGGGGCAGAGGGGAAACCAUUUAGAGCUCUGGUGGUUGAAAAUGUGGAAAUAAGAGGAAACUCUAAGUAAUGCAAGGUGAAUUUUAUUUACUUACCCAAGUUAGAAAGUAACCUAUUGGGGAGAGACCUUCAGGUUCAUCUAGGUGUGGGAGUAAUCCCUGAGGAUGGGAAGAUGGUGGUAAGAAUUACGGCACUUACCCAAAACGAGAUGGAGAAAAUUAACCCAGAAGUGUGGGCUGGCCAAGGAAAGAGGGGACUCUUGGGGAUAUCCCCAGUAGUGGUGGAGAUGGUGAAAGAUACCCCACCAGUGAGAGUUAAACAACACCCCAUCUCACCGGAGGGAAGGGAGGGGUUGGCCCCAAUAAUCAGACAACUAUUAGAAGAAGGAGUCUUAGAACCCUGUAUGUCCCCUCACAAUACACCCAUUUUAGCUGUAAGGAAAGCCGAUGGAAGUUACCGGCUAGUACAAGACCUAUGAGAAGUCAACAAAAAGACUGUCUCUAGGCACCCUCUUGUGCCGGAUCCCUAUACACUCCUCAGCAAGGUGCCGAGAGAGCAUCAAUGGUUUACCACCAUAGAUUUGAAAGAUGCCUUUUGGACCUGUCCCCUCGCAGAGGAGAGUAGAGACUGGUUCGCUUUUGAAUGGGAUGAUCCCAUUACCAGAAGGAAACAACAACUUAGGUGGACACGUCUCCCCCAAGGAUUCUCAGAGUCUCCUAACCUCUUUGGGCAAGCAUUGGAGAAGUUGUUGGAACAAUUUGAUUUAGAAAAAGGGGUACAACUCCUCCAAUACGUAGAUGACCUACUAGUCUCAGGAGAGAGCCAAAGUCAGGUAAAAGAUACCAGCAUACGGCUUUUGAAUUUCUUGGGCAAACAAGGAUUGAGAGUAUCACAGAGUAAAUUACAAUUCGUGGAAUCAGAGGUAAAGUUCUUAGGCCACCUGAUUGGAAGUGAUUAUAAAAAGCUGAGACCGGAGAGGAUCUCGGGAAUCCUGUCCAUUGAGCCCCCAAAAACUAAGAGGGAUGUGAGGAAACUGCUGGGGUUGGUAGGAUAUUUUAGGUGGUGGAUAGAACGAUACUCAGAAUGUGUAAGAUUUUUGUAUGAGAAGUUGAUCAGCCCAGAACCCAUACUCUGGACGGAGAAAGACGAAGCGCAGCUGCGGAACUUAAAAAGCAAAUUAUGUACAGCACCAGUCCUGAGCCUUCCAGACCUAAGUAAAGGGUUUGAUUUAUUCAUAAACACAGAGGGUGGAGCAGCAUAUGGGGUACUGACCCAGGAAUGGGGAAAUUGCAAUAAACCUGUGGUGUAUCUAUCUAAGCUACUGGAUCCAGUGACCAGGGGAUGGCCAGUGUGUCUGCAAGCAAUUGCGGCUACUGCUAUCCUACUGGAGGAGGCCCAAAGAUUAACACUAUAUGGAAAGAUAGAAGUGCAUACCCCACAUGAUUUAAGAACAGUGCUCAGCCAGCAAGCACAGCAAUGGCUCACUGAUGCCCGAAUUUUGAAGUACAAAAUUAUUCUGAUGAAUAUUGACAAUUUGGAGAUUGCCACCUCUAAGUGUUUAAACCCAGCCCAGUUCCUUUCUGGGGAACCCCUAGAAGGCUUAGAACAUGACUGUAUUGAGCUUAUAUCGUUACAAACAAAAGUGAGAGAAGAUCUGGAAGACAGACCUUUACCACAUGGUGAAAUCAUGUUUAUAGAUGGAUCCUCAAGGAUGACAGAGGGAAUGAGGGCCUCAGGGUAUGCCGUAGUAGACGGGAAAACAAUGCGGGUAAUAGAAAAAGGAAAAUUGCCAUCAAAUUGGUCAGCACAAAGUUGUGAGCUUUAUGCUCUAAAAAGAGGUUUAGAAUUGCUGGAAGAAAAGUCGGGAACCAUUUACACAGAUUCGAGAUACGCAUUUGGAGUAGUACACAUGUUUGGAAAGAUCUGGGAAGAAAGAGGUUACAUCAACUCGAAAGGGAAGAAUAUAAUUCAUGAGAAAUUAGUUAAACUACUCUUAGAAGCCCUAAGAAAACCAGCAGAAAUAGCCAUAGUUCACAUAAAAGGACAUCAGAGAGCUAAUACCUUAGAAGUGAGAGGAAAUAGGAUAGCUGAUCAAGCAGCAAAAGAAGUGGCAUUAGGGUUGGAAGUUAAGUCUUUCCACUUGGGAGAGGCACAAGAACAGAAGGAAGGGGACAUAGAAACAAUAUAUAAUGAAAAAGAAAAAGAAGCAAUCAGAGAACUGAGAUUACGCCAAGAGCGAGGGGGAAGAUGGCUGACUCCAGAUGGGUGACAGUUGUUAAACCAACCCUUAGCCAGGAAAGUACUCACUGAAUUACAUGAACAAACACAUUGGGGAGUACAGGGGUUAUGUGACCAUUUCCUGAGGGAGAACCUAUGCGUGGGAGUAAUAUGGGUUGGCUAAAGCUAUCACUAAAGUGUGCAUAAUAUGUCAAAAAAUAAAUCAGAAGGUCAUGAGAAAAACAGAACCAGGAGGGAGGGAAAUAGUUCAAAGACCAUUCCAGAGUGUGCAAAUAGAUUUUACCGAAAUGCCUCUGUUGCAAGGCUAUAAGCACCUCCUGGUCAUAGUUGACCACCUAACCCACUGGGUAGAAGCAUUUCCUAUGAGAAAGGGGACAGCCCAAGUGGUAAUCAAGAUCAUAUUGGAAGACAUCAUCCCACGAUAUGGUUUGGUAAAUCGCAUAGAUUCAGAUUGGGGUCCACAUUUCACAGCUAAAAUCUUACACCAGGUUAUAAAGGCGUUGGGGAUAAAGCGGGAAUUACAUACCCCAUGGCACCCUCAGAGUUCUGGCAGGGUGGAAUGAAUGAAUAAGUCUUGAAAAAAUGUGCUUACUAAGUUGAUUGAGGAGACCAAAAUGAACUGGUUGAAGUGCUUGCCUUUAGCCCUUCUACGGGUCAGGACCAGGCCUCGGGCGGACCUAGCGGUUUCUCCGUAUGAGAUGCUGUUCAGGCUCCCAUUUCUCACUACGUCCUUUGGGGUCGGGGAACUAUGCGGAUGGAAAAACAGCUAUUCGGGAGUACCUAAAAACUAUAGGGAGAGCUCUAGAGGACUUACGUAAAAAAGGUUAUUUUCCUCAAACUUCCCCAUUAGAUGUCAGAGUGCACAACAUCAGUCCGGGAGACUGGGUGCUGGUUAAAUCCUGGACUAUUGCCCCAUUGACUCCUAAGUAUGAGGGCCCUUUUCAGGUCCUCCUCACGACGAACACUGCAGUCCGGACACAAGAAAGAGGAUGGACACACAUCAGUAGGGUGAAGGGACCAGUGACACCCCCUGACCUGGAGCAAGAUCAUCCUAAACCCACAGUGAAACCCCCUCAAUGGACAGUGUCCAAGGACCCAGAGACCUUAAAGUUACCUUUCAAGAAGAAGACCUCCAGUAAGGGAGGAGUGUAAAAGACUUUGACCUGAAGUUAACAUUGAGUUGUUAAAACUGUAACUACUUUGUAAAAAUUGUGAUUACAUACUUGUCUUGCAAAGCUGUUAAUAAGGUUGUGGUCACAUUUCUAACUUAAAGAUUGUUACAAGGUUACUGUAGUUCGGUGGGAGAGGCGAACUUUGUUUCCACAAAAAGGAGUAUUUUAAGGCUCUCCAAAGUGUAGGCCAAAACCCCCGCUAGGAUCUCCCCUAUAGGGAAGCUGAAAAGAGGAUACAGAAUAAAGAGAACUUCUCCCAUGCGCCCAGGAGGCAAGACCGGGUAGGCUGAUCUCCAAUGAUGGCCUAUACCGGACUCCUAGGGAGUGUGGUGUGGCUCUUGCUGAUUCGGGUUUCUGAGGGAGAUCCAUCAGGACCAUGUACCAGGUGCUACCAACUUCUUUACCACUAAGAGGAGAGAAGUUCCUUACUGCAAAUCCACAUGAAUCUGAAUCCUAGAUGCAUAAACUCUUCCCUAGCCAUGCCAUGUCAAGAAGAUGGACAGCGAUAUUGGAUGGCUAAAAACACUGCCACAUACUGGCAGAGACUACUAGGGGAGUGUCCUGUAGGACAAUGGCUGUGUUUUGAGAAUGAAUUAAGGCAGAAUAGACCCAUUGACCUGGUAAAAGAAAAGGAAAUAACUCAUCCCAAAGAUGUGGGAGGAGAAUUGGACCUUCCAAGAGGGAAAAACCUAUUUGUGGACUUAGCAGAGAGAAUAAGUCAAGAACUGAAUGUAACCAACUGCUGGGUGUGUGGUAACACUCAAAUGACUGAUAUCUGGCCUUGGGAGGGUAUUAGUUUAGGACCAUUAGAACUACUUAAGUGGAAGCAAAGUAAGCCAAAACUCCCGUCUCUAGGAAUAAGAAAAAUAGAACAAUGGAGCCUAAAGAACAAGGUAAUAGGAGAGGAAUGUAUUUUAAGGAGAGGGGAAGGGUUUGAUGUUCCAGUAGGAAACAUGGCGUGUAAAUGUUAUCUGAAGGUUAAAAAGGCAAUAACUCGAUGGGUACCUAAGGCCCCUGUAAAGUAUUGGUCUAUAGAAAAAGAUUCCCACGGUUGCACCUUUCACAAGGGACAUCAAUUAAAUGAAUGUGCAGGCAAGGAGACAAACCCCUUCUAGGCAAUAAAAGAGCUGUUUAAAUUCUGGCAGUCCCCUUCAGCAAUCAGUAAUAACUUCUGGGAAACACCGGAACACUUGUUCUGGAUUUGUGGAGAUGCUGCAUAUACAAAACUUCCAGGCAAUUGGGCAGGCAUCUGCACGAUCGGGAUAGUAAAGCCUGCUUUCUUCUUACUGCCAAAAGAACUUGGGGCAAACCUGGGGAUUCCACUGUUUGAUGAUUUAAAAAAGGACCUAAACCGACAAAAGAGAGGGACCAUCCAAAUGGGGGGUGACCAAGAAUGGAAAGGAAAAAUCUGGACCCCAGAAGAGAUCAUCAAAACUUAUGGACCUGCUACCUGGGCCCAAGAUGGGUCCUGGGGUUAUCGGACAGCAAUUUAUAUGCUGAAUAGAAUAAUUCGGCUACAAGCCGUACUCGAAAUUGUGUCCAAUAUGACCGCCCUGGCUCUAGAUCACAUCAGUGACCAACUAACCCAAACUCGGUCCAUAAUCUAUCAAAUUAGGCUAGCGGUCGACUAUCUACUCGCUGAUGAAGGAGGAAUUUGUGGUAAAUUUAAUAGCUCUGAAUGUUGUCUAGAAAUAAAAGACAAGAAUGAGGUAAUUAAAAAUAUACCCCAAGGAAUUAGAAAAAUCGCCUAUGUAGGUACCCAGCAGUGGACACCCCUGGUCAACACAAACUGGUGGGAUGGGUUCUGGUCUUGGAAGGGAGAGUGGUCGAAGAAAAUAACCUUUAUUAUCAUAUGUGCAGUUACUGGGCUAGUCUUCUUGCCGUGCAUACUUCCUUGUGUAGCCCGAUUGAUUACCACCUCAGUAAAAGUAAGCCUGGAAGUCCUUGGAGAAUUAAGACAGUCAGGAGAAGUAAGUAAAAUGAUGGCAUUAAAAACUCCUGACAGCACAGAACAGGGGGGCGCUAAGGAAAUCUAUCUCAGGUUUCAAAAACUAAAAUAAAUCUAUAUCCAAGAUCCUGAGACACCAAAUAGAAGCGGGUUUACAACCCGAUCAAAGAAUCAGAGGGGGGACUUGAUAUGAAUAGGCCCUACCUGGAGUCCAGGUUUCACAAGUGUUCUUUCCAGCCUCUGUUCCAGGUUCUGAAGCAUUCCAGUUCUGAGUUCCAUGCCAAACUGUUCCUUGUUACCCCUGUCCUAUCACAACCAGAGUCGGAGACUUCCCAACACGGCGACCAGGGUUGGAGACUUACCAAGAUGGCGAUCGGAGCUUAUGCAAAUCAGCUACCGAAAAACACCAUCCCGGACGAAAAACCCGAUCCAUGGAGCAUCGGAACACGAAAUAAAGAAACCAAGAGCGAUGCCUUGGAGUCGGGAUCAAAGGACACUAUCCGCCAACUCCGUUCUCCUCGCCAUGACUGAUAAGAGACUCGCUAGGGAUGACACCCCUGGACUUUUGAGCCAAAAGGGGACUCUGGGUUUACCCGCGAGGACGGAGGCCCCAGCUUUGCCUACAUUGCACCCCGUAGGAAGAGCUGCAUUCCUCCUCCUCCGAGCCACUUCAGGGGAGCAUCGGCGGUGUGCGCACGACCCGUCGGGCCCCCACCCCAAGCUGAUUCUAAUAAAGGCUUUAAAACAGGAGAAGAAGGUCUCCUGGCCCUGUUUUUGUCACCCAGGGGCCUGGGGCUUGUCCUGCUGCCUCUCCAGGGAUGUUGCACAGGGCCUGCAAAGAGGGUGGAGAGUGACCAGAGCCAGCCCAGAGCUCCCCAGGCCCCUCUGCAGCUUUGGCCAUGUCUAUUGACAUCUGGCUCCCACAGCCUUACCCGACCCCCUUGCAGUGCCCAGAUCCCUAAGGCAGAAGGGGAUCCCAAUGCACCAUGGAAACAGUUCUGAUCUGUGCUCCAUUAGUGUAUUCCUGGCUGUGUGCUCCAGGGCACGUUGGAAGGUACAUGUGAAUGACACUUCUGCUCAUGUUGAGGCGGACACAGGUGUUUCUCGUGCACCUUCUCCCUGCCUGACACGUGCUAAUAGAGUCUGCCGAGGUGUGCCUAACCGGUUGUGAGGGCCAGAUCUUUGUUGAUCUCAUUUGACUCAUUUCAGUGAAGGAAACUGUAAUUUCUUCUUGUAUUCAGCACCACGUGUGGGUGUAAAGUUCUGCUGCCACCUGCCAGUUGAGGAUUGCUUUGGUCAAGGAGAGGAAUUUUUGCCUAGGAAGAUUUGGCACUCCAGUUUCUCUUGCAUGGCAGAGGCCACCCGAGAUCUAAAUGUUGCUACAAGUGUCCCGACCUAUUUCCAGUAUGUACUUAAAAAUGUCUGUCUGCAACUGGAGUGAUUCUGUGCCUUAUUCAGAGAUGGUCCAUUCUGGCUUUUCAGCGUGAACAGUGAUGCUCCCAAGUUUUAAAGUUUUGAUCUUUCUCUCAUAGAUUAAGAUGGGGACAGCUCUAGGUGGCCAAUAGCUUGGGGUUCAUCUCAGAAGGAGAGACUUCAUUUGGGGUCACAGAGAAGACGUGCCUUCCCUGCAAGGAGCAGGAAAGAAAAUCCACAGCCUCUUGGAGAGGCAUACACUUGAAAAAGUUUUUGUAGCCACUGAUGCUGUUGAGGAAGAGAUUGAACUGCUCAAGAACCUGCUGCACGAGAUGGUGAGGUUUGAAGCCUCUCUGGAGGAGCUGGAACUCUAUAAGGACGGGGCUUGUGAUUCACCCAUGGAUUUGCGCACAU